CAGCUUCGGCCGGCCUCUGCUAAAGGAGGUCGCGCCAAAACUGAGGCGGGGAGAGCCAUGGAGCCCGGAAAGGGAGGCAGUCGCCGCCUGGCAACUCCCCAGCAUAAAGCGGACUUGGAACUGAGCUGGGUUCAGGGAUUCACCAACAGGAAUGUGGGCUUUGUCAACAACAUGACUGUCUGUUAUCCUUGUGGCAAUUAUGUCAUUUUUAUCAACACUGAUACCCGAAACCGGUCCUUCUUGAGGUGUCCCCAUGGAAGCAUAGGAGCCUUUGCAGUCAAUGGGAGCCAGCAUGUAAUUGCUUUUUCUGACAAGCAGUUGAAUCCCGUAAUCUAUAUCUACAAUUUUCCAACACUAAAGAAAAUCGCCAAAUUAAAAGGACAAGCUAGUCUAGACUACUCCUUGCUUGCAUUCAGUCAUGCAAGUCCUUACCUGGCCAGUUACUCCUCACUCCCAGAAUUUUCUCUUUCAAUAUGGAAUUGGCAAAAAAAAAUCCUUUUGUGCACCCAAUCACAGCCAGGAGUAGAAGUGACUGCAAUGAGUUUUAAUCCUAUGAGCUGGCACCAGUUAUGUUUGUACAAUGGUACUUCUGUUACUCUUUGGACUAUUGAGAGGAGUCAUGAACAGCAUAUUUUAAAGUCAAAACCUGUCAAGCUUCCUACUGAAGAUGGAUGUUUAGUAGAUGAGCAAAACAGCUUCUUCUCCCCUCCAGAUGUUAGCGAUCCUUAUUUUGGCCCAGUGUUGCCCAAUUCAGCCAUUGCUGGCCUUGUAGGAGAUGAAGCAGAAACGUUUAGGCCAAAAGAUGAUACUCAACCUUCUGUUCAUCCUACUGUCCACUGCUGGACUCCAACCUCUGAUCUGUAUAUGGGCUGUGAAGAAGGAUACUUCUUGAAAAUUGGUGCAGACACAUUCAAGGCUGCUAUUGUUAGUCAAAAAUAUUCUGCAGAUGCUAAAGCCAAAAAAAGAGCAACGUUUCGAUCACUUUCACGCAGUUUUGACAAACAAGCUAUUGAAAGGAAGGAAGCUCAAAAUGUGAUCCUGCUUGCCAUGGCACUUCAUAAGGAUGGACUUUAUGCAGCUGGAAAUGAUGGUGUUGUGCGUUGUUAUAAAAUAAAAGGCACAACUUUUCAGAUGGAAGAUUGCCUGGAAAUGGAGGAGCCUAUAACAAGCCUUACAUUCUCUCCUGAUUAUGCUAACUUGCUAGUAGAAACAGAAAAGGGAUCACUCUGCAUUUUUAAUCCUAGUGAUAAUGAAGAUGUUAACCUAUUACUGGAUGCAAGUAUAAGUCAGUUUGUUGCAGCUGAUUUUAUUGUUCCAGGAACCAAGUACUGUGUGUCUGUAGCAGAAUCAGGAGAAAUGCAUGUUUGGCAGUUAGAUGAUGGUGCUUUUGUCAACAAGCUAUGUCUACAUACUGUGGUCACUGCAAUGGCAUGUAGCUUGUCAUCUCACAGUGUUGCGGUGGGAACGAAAAAGGGCCAUGUCUACUUCAUAGAUCUCACAGAAGUUGAAACUCCUAGAGUAGUUCACCGGGUUCUCCUUUCUGAGGUUCCUGUGCAUUUUUUGCACUAUGAACAAAGUGGUCAGUUUCUCUUAGCAACAACGAAAGAUGGCUACAUCUUUAUUUUAAAUGCUUUCCCCACAAAAUUAUUCCAAGUCCUUGGAUGUGUAGCACUUGCGAGUGAAAUUCUUGACAUAACGUCACUUUAUGAUACAGAGAAGGAGUCAGUUGAAGUAAUUGCACUUCUCUGUCCACCAGAGAUCAAAAGAGCAAGAGUGGAAAUAUUUCAUCUUCCUGCAACUAUUACUUUAGAAAAUGAACAAUGUGUCACAGAAAGAGGGCUACUGAAAGAGAACAUAAUUCGGAAACGUACAUAUGAAUUAGAGUACCCCUUAAGUUCUCUGGUCAAGAGGAAAGAGGGCACAUUGUUUGGUUAUGCUAGCCAGGCACCUUAUAUCUUAAAAUACCAUCUUACUGAAAAGCCAAUCAUUCUUUCUGAGAAGAAGACACCUAGCAAACAAUUUGGACGUGCUUUUCUGCAUUUGUCACCUCAUGGCAAGUGGUUAGCUUCAGCUGCAGAAAGUGGGUUGCUCUUCAUCUACGAAGCUUCAACUAUGGAUGUUCUGGCUCGUGAGCACUGCCAUUCAUAUAACGGACGAGGAAUCAGAUCAUUAGCAUUUUCAUUGGAUGGCCGCCAUCUGCUUGCUAAUGGCUCAGAGGAUGGAGCACUUGUUUGUCUAAAAUGGAAGAAGCUUGGAGAGCGCAAAAUGAAGGAUGCAUCUGAUUUUGGGACUUAUGUUCUUAAUACAGUCAACAGUUAUAUUUACCGUGAAAACUUAUUUCUAAAGACCAUGGCAGAAUGGACAAUGGCAUCGAAGCACAAAUAUGACUUGCCUUUUGAGGGUGCUUCCUCUCAGAUGAAAUUCCAUAAGAUAGCAUCUAUUGAAACAACAGAUGAAGAUGAAUACUUUCUUCUAACACAAGCAAAAUCUGAUGAAAUUUCCUGGCUAGAUGAGAAAGCACAAAAGGCUAUCAAGGAAGAAAGCAGGAAGUUUGAUGAAAAGAGAAAAGAAUUAAAAAGUGGAAUUAAGGUGCUUCGUAAAAAGAUUCAAGAAAUGAUGUUUGAAAAUUCAAUGGCACCUAAAAUUGAGAAGCUAGAUCAACAGGAAUUCAAUCUGGACGUUGAAGACCAAGAGAAACAGCAAGUGCACAGUGAAGCAGAAGUUGAAAGGGUAAGAAAGGAUAUAGAAAUGGAAAAUUUAGCUAAUAGCUAUUUACAUGAAAUCAUCAAACAAGAGUGCUGGGAUGCAAUGUCUGUUAAAGGACGCUCAGUCAAGACUUUCCACUCACCCUGUGAAGUCCACAAUUACCCUAUGAAAGAACAGAGUGAGGAAGAACAGCAAACGCUAAAGAGAAUUCUGUAUUUAAAGAAGAUUGAAGCAACAGAUCUAAAGCUUCGAAAAAAGAUUGUUGAAUUUGAGUCACAGCCAUCAGUGAUUAAAGAGGAAGGGGAGAAGGCAGAGGAAGAAGAAGAAAAAGUAGAUACUCUCGUGGGGAGCCUUAGUUCACAUUAUGGUGGAGAUACAUCUGUUUUGUACCAUCAGAUGGAAUUGCACACUCGAGAGGAGAAGAUCAGUCAGAUAAUAUUGAUACGGGACAUUAUUCACCAUGUGAAGAGUGCUUUUAAUAUGGAGUUUGACUCCAUUUGUCGAAUGAAAGAGCUGGAAAUUGCACGUGUGAAGGAGAGGAACACGAGGAUCUCAGAGAUCUUGAAACAGCUGGAUAUACAUGAGGAGAUAUGGGUGCCAACUUUUGCAGAUAAUGAGAAACCAGAAAGAGCAUUGACAGUCCUAGAUGCAGAGAUCAAAGUUGAAAAGUACUUGACUCCAGUGCAGAAAGCAAAAGAAAAAAUUAUGGCAAGGGUCGAGCAUAAAAGACGUCUUGCUGCUCAGGGGGAUAAUGCAAGAGAGCGUGGCCUUAUGGACAUGAUGAAUGGAGUGCUUGAAAUAAAAAAAGAAGAUAUUUUGAAGAUGGAGAUUCCAGCACCUGCUUUUAUAUCAAAAGAAGAUGCCCUCUGGAAUGAAGAGGAGAAAAAAAUAUAUAAGGAAUAUGAGAAGAAAGUUAAGGAACUGAAUGAAGAAAGGGAGAAACACCGAAAGAUUUUGGAAACUGAAUUGAAGAAACUUCAAGGUUCUAUUCAGGAAACUACCCAAGCAUUUGAUGAAAUUGUAAAUAGGCUUUUCGAGAAAAAAGUCAGUUGUGAGAUGGUUGUAUAUCAGGAAGAACUCAAAAUAACUAAUCUCCUCUAUUCACUGCUUUUGGAUGAAGAGCUGAGCACAAGAGAAGCUGGGCUCCAUCACUACCUUAAUAAGAAGAGAAAAGAAAAAGCAGAAUCUAAUGAAGCAGUCAAGGCAGCCAGAGCAGAAGUGGACGCUUGCAGAGAGGCCUAUGACAUCUUAAUUGCUGAAGACAAACUUAUGGAACGUGGCUUUAGAAAGGAAUUUUCAGAUCUUCCAACUCAUCAUAUUGACCAACUAUUCAAACUUUACAAACGUCGACCAAGGGCUCUCAAGACAAAGGUUCAAGCGGAUGCAGCGAACCCCUAUGGCGAUCGGCCAGGCUCUGCCAAAGUUUACCAAGAUGCUCUUGCUCAUUUAAUGAAAGCAAUUGAUGAAAUGGAUGAUCCUGAAAACAGACCUGAAGGUCUAGACCUUGCCAAUUGGGAACACUUCUGUGCAACUAGACGAGCCAAAGUAGAAAGUGAACAACAGAUGAAGCAAAAAGCACUGAUACUGGCAGAAAUGCAGACCUUUCUUCAGAAGCGAAUUGAAGAUGAUGAGAAGAUUCGUAAAGAUAUUGACCAUAUUUUCUCUGAGAUCAAUUUGCUUCGAGAGCAGAAGAUGAGAUUUCAAUUAGAUCUGAUGGUCCAGUUUCUGUUUAAACAAGGUCAAGUGGAACUAGAGGGUGACAACUUAAUACCAGAUUACACAGAUGCUAUUCUCAUCAACAGGAGCAUUAUUGAGGAAUUGAACAGUGUGAUACGGGCCCAAGGAGAAAAGAAAAUUGCAAGCAUGGUGGAAAGCAAAGAUUUCCGUAAAGGAAUAUUUCAGUUGGAAUGGGAACACAAAAAAAUGAAGAUGCAGAUGGAAGAUCUGAAUCAAAAGGCUCGGGAUAUUCAAAAACUGAAUGUUACAAAACAUCACCAGAUUUACUUAUCAGAAUUAAACUAUGAUAGCCGGAUCAAUCAUGAAGUCACAGUAAUGGAAGGAACACUUAAUUUUCUAGAUAAGGUUCACAAGAAAAACAUUGAACAACGAGAGAAAGUAAUCAAAGAGCUGGAAAAACAUAUAGGUCUGAAAGACCUAGCAAAUAAUAAGCUCAGCAAGGAAUUACAAGAAAUGCUUGUUACUGUGUCAGAAAGGCAGCACAUUAAUGAGGCUACUGACUCAGAGAUGCUUAAACAAAAGAUUGCUACAGAACGUUAUGAGGAUAUUGUCCAGAGACAGAAGCUUGUGGAUCUCGCAAAAGCCCAGGCACAGGAGUUGUCUAUCUUACAAGCUGAAGUGGAAAGACUGAGGAUGAGAACAUUCCCAGCCUUCUUUGAUGUUCAAGAGUUUUAACAUGAUGAUGCUAGAAUCAUUAAACAGCCAUGAGGAAAAGACUAUGUAAGAUUUUUCCCUUUCCACCAAAUUUAAGCCAAAUUUUUCCCCUCCCCUCUGUUGCCUUUAAAAACUUUUAAAACGGUUUCAUAGGAUUUUCCAGUCUUCCAGAUCCAGGUUUUGAAAUACUCAAGGGGCUGCAGUGAGAUAGGAAGAUCACGCUCCCAAUUCUACUGAAAGGUGCUUUUCCAGCAGAGGAAACAGAGCAUUGCAUAGUGCUCCUACUACACUAAAAAGCUCCACAGAUUGUAUUGAGUAACUCAUGUUGAUUUCCAAAAAAUUGUUUUAUGAAGUAUUUCACAAUGGAAUAAAUCUAAGUGUUCCUACUACAUGUAAUAAAUUGUUCUUGUCAUGAAAUCUUUUUGCUGAGAUCAAAAACAUAACUGAAACUCUCACAGCCAUAAAGAAAUAGAUUUCUGGGAUAGACUAAGGACUCAGAAAAGACAACAAAGAACCUAGAUGUACGGUGAUUUCAGAAAUGAUACAUAGUAGUAACAACAACAAUUCCAGAAAGGUGGGCGGAAGAGUUAGGAGCUGGAAGAUAGGGGAAGAGACAGAAUUGAAACAAGGUGGUUUUAACUCACAUCUGGGGUAGGAAGCUAUAGGUACUAGUUAAGGGUCAAAUGAGACAGCAUGCUGAAAGCAGUAAGACAGACCACCUUUACAAUCUCAUCUUUUGAUGCUCAUACCCUCUGGGCUAUAGGACAGCAUAUGAUAGUUUUUUGCAGGAAUCCAAGGGAAUAUUUAUAUCUGCAUAAGUGUACUGACUUAACCUAGAGCAGCAACAGCAGCUAGCUAACAAGUCUCUCAUUGAAUUGCUAAUAACACAACAGUUGUGAGACUUGGCAUAGAACUAGGAAUUUGAAUGGGGACUCAUUAAUAUGUAUUCAUCAUUACCACAGAUAUAUUUACACAGGCAUUAAUACAGUAUUCAUUUUGAUUCUGGCCUUUAAUAGUUUAAUCUUAAAGUUAUUAUGAAGUACUAAUGGGCACAAUGAGACCUGGUCAGCGAAGACUUUCAGAUAUGCUUUAAAUUUGC